AUGAUCAAUCAAACAACUAACCUUUUCACUCAACUAGCUAAUCAAUAUUUAAAAGGUGAAAUUGAAUAAGAUGUUAUUACUGAUCCUGAAAUACAAAAAGUUGUUCAUGGACUUUAAAAAAAGAGUGAAACAACUAAAAGUAAAACCUUAUCAGAACUUAAAACUCUCUUACCAAAUAAAUCAUAAGACUUCUUUGAUCAAUUUACACCAACAUUUGUAAAUAUUUAUCGUAGAUAUGUUGAUAAUGAAUAUGAAAGAAGAGUUUUAGAAUUAGCCAAUUAAGUUUUAUCCUUAAUUUGUGAAUAUGGAAAAAAAUCAUUAUCUAAAAAAUUCAAAUAAUUAUUUCCAUAAUGGUUUAUCAUGAUCAAUGAUUACAAUUCAGAAGUAUAAAUCUAAUUUAUUUAUUAAUUAGAUUUCAUCAGCUGCAAUUAAUGCAUUUCAAAUUGCAUUCCCAACUCAAGAAAAAUAACUGUAAGCUAUCAAAAUGUGUAGUGAUCAAUAUAUCAUUGACUUAAAGUUGUACUUAUCUCUUUCAAUAUCUACAAUCAAAUAAGAAUCUAAUUUGGAAGAUGAAAAAGUUGAUCACAUCUAUGAAAGAUUAAAAGUAUCAGCAAUAAAUUCAAUAAAAACUGCUAUAUUAUGGAAUCCCGAUAAUGAAUUCAUAGAAUAGAUUAUGAAAUUACUUGAUUUCACUAAUAAGACUACUAUAAUUGUUGAAUUACUCAAUACAUAAAAAACAAGAAUUGUGGCUACUAUUAUUGAAACUCUACAUUUUCUGUUAACUAAUGAUUAUUCUGCUCCAUUUGUAUUAAAUAAAAGUGAUCAAUUACUCAAAAAAACUGUUUAACUCUUUGAAUAAAAAGAUCGUUUGAUUGUUAGUGCAAUAUGGAAAGGUUUUGUAACUAAAUUAUUCUAAAGAGUAUAAUAAGAUCAAAUCUUAAAACUUUAAGGUCUUGAAAAUAAAUCUUUAGAUCUAAUUUCUAAAGCUGGUUUUGGUGUUGGAAAAUUAUUAUAUGAUUAAUUAGUUAUAUUUGUAUCACUUAAUCCAAUUUACAGUGUACUUGAUAUUAAAAAAGAAGAAGUUUUUAGAUAAAAGUUAGCAUCUAUUACAAAAUUAUUAAAUGCCAUCUUAUUAGGUAUCACACAUGAAGAAAGUAGAUUUUUUUCAGAAAAUUUAAUCAAUAGUUAUUUUGAAAUUCUAUACUUUUUAAUUUGUAAAAGAAUGAUUCCUCCUCUUAUUCAAUAUAAUUAAUGUUUAGGUUAAGUUAAAAAUAUUAUUGUAUAAUCAAUCAAAUAAGUUUUAUAAAGUACUUUGUCUUAAUAAGCUGUUUAAGCAUAUAAUCAUAAUCCUUAUAAAUAAGUACCACAGAGUUUAUUAUAGUUUUUCAAUAUAUUAAAAGUCAAAGAAGAAUAAUAAGAAUUCUUACUUGAAAUUAUUAAAGCUAUUAUUAAUGAGUUUAAAACUUUAUAAUUAGAGGAAUAUUAAGUUUUUGUAAACAUAAUUUAAUAAUUACUCAAAGUUAAGAAUGAUAGUCCUUCUUAUUAAGUAGUUUAAUAAUAUUUGACCUUUGUAUUUGAUGAAAUCUAUAACAAUAAUGAUUUCUAAAGAGGAUCUUUACUCUUUGAAGUCAUACCAAAUUCACAAAUUUUUAAAAAAGAGAACUUUGGUUUAAAAAUUUAAGAAACUAUUUAUAAUCUAUUUAAUUCUAUUGAAUUAGUUUCUACAGAAGAAUUAUUGAAAAAAUGUGCUUAAAUUAAAUUAUAUAUCUAUAAUUUAUAAAGAAUAAAUGAACAAUAAAUAAUUGAAUCUAUACUAUAAAAAAUUAUUAAUCAAGAAUAUAAAUAGGUUAUUCCAAAAGAAGAAUAGUAAACUUUUAAAAUAAAGUGGAUUUGUUUACAUAAUCUUGUUGAUGCAAGUUUAGAUCCAAUAUUUUAUUAAAAGUAUUUAACAAUGAAAGAUUCUUCAUAAGAAUAUAAUCUUAUCGAAAAAUUUGUAAAGUAUUAGUAAUUAUAAUAAAAUGAAACCUUUGUAACUAAAUUCUUAAGCCAAUCACUUAGUAUCACAAAUUUAAGUUAAAAAAUAUUUAUUCCUUGUAUUAUUUAAAAUGCUAAUAAAUAAAUUUUAAAUAUAUUAAUAUCUAGAUAUACAUAAAUAGGUUAAUAAGUUAUUAAGACAUUCGAUAAAAAUUAUCUUUAAAUAUUUGAAGAGUUAUCAUUCAUAAUGAAUAAAUUGCAACCAUAAUAAUUGAUUUUCGAAGUUUUACUAUAAUUGUAUUUGAAAAAUCAAAGUUAAAAAGGAAGUUUUCUUUAUAAAUUAAUAAACAAAAAAUAUUAAAAUUUGUUUGUAUAAUUUUUUAAAUCUAUUUUGCCAUCAAUAAAAACUGAAACCUUACCUUAAUAUUUACAUUUCUUUUAAGAUCUCUUUGUAUAAUUAAAUAGCUAAGAAGUAUUACAAUUUUUAGAUUUUAACUUUUAAAGUCCUAUAUCUUGGAAAAUCUUAUCCUUAAUUGAGAUUCCAUAAGAUUAUUUCAAGAAAAUGUAUCAAAACAAUUAGCUAGAGUAAAUAGCUAUGUUUUUAGCAUCGAAUUAUUCAUCUAUCAUGUUAUAUGAUCAUAAAUUGAAAAGAUUCAUUUAGAAUAUUUUAGGAAAUCAAAUUAUUCCAAUUAUCCUUGAUUCUUAUGAAUAAUCAGAAACAAAUAGCUUAAAUCUAAUAAAAAUUUUAUUUAAUAAUACUGAAAUAGUUUAUGGAGUAGCUCUAAAAAAUCUUAUAAAAUAAAUAAUGACAGAAGAGAAAGAGAAUAAAUAUAGAUCAAAAUAAACAGAUUUCUUAUCUUAAUUGAUAGUUGAAUAACUUUAAAUAGCAUUGGAUGUAAAUAAUGUUAAUAAGUUAAUAACAAUUAGAUAAAUUAUAAAUAUAGUUGAUUUAAAACCAUAAUUUUAAAAUAUUUUGUAGAUUUAUCAAGAAAAAAAAUAGAUUUAAUAUCUUGAUUUUUACACUCUUAUGCUAAGGUAAUAAGCUGAUCUAUUAGAAUUAGAAGAUGAGUUAGAAUUAGACUAAACAAUCAAAUUGCUUUUCGAUAUGAAUUUGGAAACAAAUUAUGAUAAGAUGGUUGCUUUUGAUUUUAUAAAUUUAAUUUGCGAAAGAAAAACAAUCACUCCAUUUGCAGCUUAUAUAAAACAAAUUAACAAUUUAUUUAGGUAGUUAUUUUAGUAAAAUGUUUAAUUAAAAAGAUUUUACUCAUUUAGUAUAGUAUCAGCACUUUAAUUUGUAAGAAAAAUUUUGAAUUUUAUUGAAGCAUUUCCAAUAGAAUUUAUAGAUUAUUUAAAUUUUGAGUUAACAGAUUCUUUAUUAUAAAUAAUACAAUUUUGUGAGAAUCCAAAUCCAGAUUUUAUGGAUGAACAAAAUGAUACUUUAUUUAUUGAAUAUGCGGAAACUCUUUUGCGUUGUAUUUAAAUGGAAUAGUGGUAAAAGAUUGAUGAUAGUAUAUAUUAUCAAUUAUUAUAAUGUCCAUUUAUAAGUAUACAAAAAGCUGCAUUUAUUGCAUUAAAGAAUAUAUAAAAUCAUAUUGGUUUAAGUGCAGUUUUGGAUGGAUUUGAUAUGAAAAAAGAAGAAAUGAGAAGAUUAAGAUAAGAAGAUGAGGAAGAUGUAGAAGAUAUCAUAACAUUUCCUUUGGAGGGUAAAAUAUUAACAAAUUUACUUGCUUGGUUAGUGGUUUUAUAGAAUAAGAAUUGUGUUCAGUUUAAAGAUAAGUUUCCUACUUAUUUGAGUAAUUUGUUAUACAUUUUAUAAUUCUUAAAUGAUAAUGGUGUUAUAGCAAGAUUUAAUUAUAAGGAAAUUUAUUAAUAAGAAUUGAAUUUAAUGGUAAUUUAGGAUGAUCAAUCAGAAUUAUUAAAAAUGAUAGUUAUUUCAUUUUACUAAUUUAUUGUCGCUUAAUAAAGUUAUUUUAAAUAAUGGUAUAAUUAAGAGUGUAAUACAACUUAAAAGAGAUAAUUGGAGGAUUUGCUUUAGGUAAUUAGUAAAGCAAUUUACACAAGGGAAAUUGAAUUGAUAGAAUUAAAUUAAGAAGAGUGGCGUAGUGAGGGAUUUGAUAUUUAUAUUUCAAAAAAUCAAUAAGAAAUAACUGCUACAUAUUAAAAAGAAGAAUAAAAAAUAGAAAUAUUAAUAUAAGUUCCAGCUGGUUUUCCUUUAAAACCUUUGAAAGUUGAAACUAAAAAAGGUGUAAAGAUUAGUGAAGAUAAAUUAAAAAAGUGGAGUUUAAUGAUAAGAAUGAUUUUAUAAAAUGAAAAUGAUACUAUAUUAACUGCAUUAAAAUUAUGGAAAUAGAAUAUAGAUUAAUAAUUUUAAGGUAUAUAUUUAUUUAUAAAAUAAUAUUGUUAGAUCUUGAAGAAUGUGCCAUAUGUUAUUAUAUAAUUCAUUAAAAUGGAGAAUUACCAAAAAUGGCUUGUAGAACAUGCAAACAUAAAUUUCAUUCAACUUGUAUUUAGAAAUGGUUUCAUAGUAGCAAUAAAAGUGAUUGUCCAUUAUGUAAGAGUUAAUUUUUAUGA